AUGAAUAAUAUCAUGUUGCAUUCAGGAUACCCUCCCCAGCCAAUUCAUUCCGGCCAACAGACACCUCACGCACCUUACAAUAACAUUGCUCGGGCGGCUACAGCCAACGAGGGCCUCACAGCGCGAAUCACAGGGCCUGGAACCUCACCCCAUUUUCUCGCGGCGGCGUCAGGGCGACCCGCCGCAGCACUGAUUCCAUCCACUCAGCCCAACACGGUUCCCAACAACCAGUCCGACCCUAAUGCUGACGUUGCCCAAUCCUCCAACCAAGCCGUAUCACCGCCAGUCCCACGCCCCCUUACCGUGCACGAGCAAGAGAUGAUCGCACAGUUGGACAAGCUGAAGUAUUUCUUGGCCACUGCACCGUCUCGGUGGACGUCUCCCAACUCUUCAACAUCGGACGCUCUCGUUCAGCACCCUCAGAGCGCAUCUCAUCCUGCGAUGAACAGGUUCCUUCUUCCUUCAGGUGAAUUCGUAUCAUGUGUACUCUGGGGAGGGUUAUAUCAUAUCACUGGAACGGACAUCGUUCGAGCCCUGGUGUUUCGUUUCGAUGCAUUCGCUCGACCCGUCCGCAACAUGAAAAAGUUUGAGGAGGGCGUGUUUUCCGACUUGCGCAACCUCAAGCCCGGGAACGAUGCCUGUCUAGAGGAACCAAAGUCACCAUUCCUCGACCUACUAUUCAAAUACCAAUGUAUUCGUACUCAAAAGAAACAAAAAGUAUUCUACUGGUUCUCCGUUCCUCACGACCGCUUGUUCUUAGACGCUCUUGAGCGAGAUUUGAAGCGAGAGAAGAUGGGUCUUGAACCAACCACGGUUGUGGUUGGUGAACCAGCUCGGUCCUUCGCCUAUGAUCCCAAACGGACCCUCUACGAACAAUUUGUAACCGCCAGGGGUGGGGACGGCGACGAAUUGGAUCGCGCCAUGCGUGCUGCCGAGCGUGCUCCAGAGCACUCCUAUCCGGUCACCAAUGAUCACGAGGCAACUGUAUCUGGUUCAGUGGCAAAACCCGCUGCCCUGACGCUUGCUCGUAAACUAGAUGCCGAUCCAGAGCUGAACUCAGAUGUGGAAGCAACACCAGAGCCGCACUCUCGCGCUGGCACCCAGCAACCGCCCAAUGCCAUCAACAAUCAAUCCGGCCACGGAAAACAGUUCUUUAGUAUGCUGUCAUUGUUUGAAGGCAGUCCAUCAUACAAGCAAAGGCGCAAGAAGGUCGUCAAGCCAGCACGCAGGCGAAUUGCCAGCGGGGGCACCGGCACGGAAAGCGAAUCAGAGGCGGGGGUCGGACUCAGAUAUCUUGACCGUGAUGCCGUACCCGGAUCCAUUGGUGGCUUGGAUAUAUCGCAAAGCAUGGGAAAUGCUGUACCCGACCAAAUUAAUCGCUCCCUCGGAGUCCAUGAUCGUAUUCCGUCACGAGCCAAUUCACUCUCACUUCAGCAUGCAGCGAGGCAGUCGCCCUACGCCCACGAUUCUUCCAGUCAUAGUGGUGUGGCUGUCCCCUCUGUCUCACUAAGGCAACAUCAGCCCGAGGUGUCCAAUGGACUAAACGGGAACGUUGAUGGACUUAUAUCAGCACCUCAUGUAUCCAGUUCGCUUCGUUCGGAUAUCUCCCAGCAGCUUACGCAGCAGCUCUCACCUAACGUCCCGCUUCAAUAUCCAGCCUCCACUUCAACCUUACAAAACGCGAGCCUGGGGACGUAUGAUCCAUCGAACGUGAUUGGGACGGCGACGGAUAUCUAUACUGCUCAACAGCCUCAGGAUACGUCAAGCGGACUGGUGACUAGUACAAAAGCGUAUGUCUGCCCACUGUACUCCUGCGGUCGGUUAUAUCGUGAACCUGGAUACCUUCGGGAACACAUUCGAUCUCAUACCACGGACAAGCCCUAUCAAUGUGAACGGUGCUUCAAGAAAUUCAGUCGGACCGACCUCCUCACCCAGCAUCAUCAAACACACGCUCGUGCCGAUGGAGGCGACCCUCAGGCGCAUGUUGAUUUGGAACGUGCCGACGAAGAAGAGACGAUGUUGAUGGGAGACAAAAUUUGCGAAGUGGAGGUCAGGGGUGAGGUAGAGGACGUUGCCAAUGAACCAGGUCAAUUGAGGGGCAUUGGCGUGGUUUGCAUUUAUCCAUCCAACGCUGCCGAUCAAGGCGUAGCUACCAAUCCCAUCGAAGACUAUGCCGAAGUGGCCCCUUCUCCACCUCCCUCCAAUUUUCCAUACCCAGGUAUGGUCAAACAAAGCCCUAACGGAUCUGCCACGCACUGGCGGGGUCAUCAUGGGAUCGGGUCCGCGCGGAGCGUGUCCAGCGCAAGGUGGCCAAGCGAAGCCGAGCCUUGGGAAGUACCUCGCAGCCAGAGCGCGCUCGGAUACUGGGACCAGCGAAGUGUCUCUCCCGCCUACAGCGCAAUUAGUGCGCCGAUUUCCCAUACACCAUACCACCGUUCCAAUACGACCGAUUCGCUACGACCUCCUCUUGGUUAUAUGCAAUCCGCACCCUCCCACAAGCAAUCAUUCGAUGCACCAGCUUAUAUUCCGAACCAUCCCGGCCCGGGGGCCUUGCGAAGGCACCGUAGUGCGACUCCUUUCCAGUCGCAUCGACACAUGUCUAUGGCUGUUCGAAAGGCGAGCGCAGGGGGCCCUGAUGAGGCCGAUCUCUCUGGCGCUACUUCGCGUUACCACCCCUAUGGACAUGCGGUAGCAGCCAACGUCAAUCAUUAUGGUUCCGGAUCAAGCCCAGCCCCGUAUCCUCCGCCCGUUGACCAAAGAGUAACCGGGGUUCUCAAUAACGCGAUCGAUGGGCCCACUGCCGAAGCUCCUUAUGCAAUGAACAACCAGGGCUACGCCACCGUUCCUAACAACGCGUAUUAUUCCGAGGAUCAAGAUGAUUAUGGAGGAAACUAUGAAGUUCCUGAGAUAUACGAUGGGGCACACUACAGCACAACUCAGACACAGGUCUAA